AUGCUCCCCAUCACAACCUGCUUCGUUGCAGGAUUACAGUACCUUCUUCAUCCUACGAAAUUGGGAACCAUCCAAGAAACCAUCAACCCGGAUGCUCUCAUUCCGGUUACGCUGCUCACCACAGACGAAAUCUUUGGUGACCUCGAAGGUGUUUUGAACCUAUUCGAUAAUGUUGAUGAUGUCUUCGUUCCAGAUUUUGGAUCCAUUCUCGUGGAAAAGACUGGAAGCAAUAGUAGCCGUGUUCAAAACGCGCGACAAGUCUACCACAUGGACUUGAUCAAGACCCUAGAGGGCUUCUCCGAACUACCAUCAGGUCCCUACUUUCUUCAUGGUCCGAAUCUUCACCAAGCAUGGAGGUUGCAUGAUGAUGAAUUUGGAGCUUUUACCUUUGGUGUUAUUCCGGAUGAUUCUGAUAAACCAGACGAAUACCAACCUCUCACUUCGUCUUCUGUGCAAGGAGAUUCAGUGACAAUCCCUGUUCCUUCUAGACUCUACUAUCCUCAACCCUCUCUCCGAAAACCCUUGUCUGGUGUUCGUGUCUCUAUAGGUGACACGAUUUCUCUAAAAGGCACACACACUACUUUUUCCAGCCGCGCAUGGAGGUCUCUCUACAAGGAUCCAUCAAGUUUUACAGCUAAUUACGCCCAAGAACUUCUGGAACAAGGGGCGGUUAUUGUUGGAAAGACUAAGACAGCACAAUUUGGGACAGGCGCAGAAUGGGUUGACCAGCAGGCUCCAUGGAACGCAAGAGGAGAUGGCUAUCAUAAGAUGCAGGGUAGCUCUGUCGGUGCUGCAUCAGCGUUGGUCGGAUACGAAUGGCUGGAUCAUAGCGUUGGGGUAGAUGAUGGUCGAGUCGUAACCGAGAACGGCGUUUAUUCAUUGAUCCGGCCAGCAAACGGAUCAUCAGAUGGCGUCAAGACAAUCUCCAAAUUCGAUGGAAUGAGGUUCUUUAGUCGGAGUUUGAAGGGACUGCUUGAUCACGCACCAAGUCCUAAAAUCGAGUCAAAGGGGGACAGGUUUGCCCCAAAGGUCAUUAUUCCUAUAGACUUGUCUUUACCUGAAGAGACGCAGAAGACAGCCAUCGACAAAUUUGUGUCAAUCCUCCAAGGUCUUUUGGAUACCAAAGCCGAACAUAUCGAUAUCAGCAAGGCAUGGGAGGAAAAUUCCCCAGUCGAAGCAUCAAAGGAUGGGAUGCAGUCAUACAUGAGCCAGGCACCUUUCCGAUCAUGGUGUUACGACUACUACCAUAACUUUGAUGAAUUCAGAGACGAGUACCAGGAAAAGUUCCACAAAGAACCCUUCGUUGAGACUACGCCGCAAUUCUUCUGGGAACGAUGCAAGUCCGUAACGGAAGAGGAACACCGCGAAGACACAGAACGGCUCGAGAUAUACCGAAAGUGGUUUUACGAUAACGUCAUGAACAUCUCAACUACUCCCGAUACCAAGGCUCCCAUUCUAGUUCUUCCAUGCGGUGACGUUCAAGUCAAACAUCGGAACGAGCCUGUGGCUCCACCAACCAUUUACAAAGGCGUUGAUUCCACAACAUUAGCGCCCGUAUUGGGUGCAAGUAUUUUGUCUUUUCCCUUUACACAAGUAUCCUACAAAUCUGACAUUACUGGCACGACUGAGUAUCAGUCGGUUUGCAUCUCGGUCUUGAGUGUUGAAGAUGAUCAAACAUCACUUAUUCAACUGGUCGAGAAAGCCUUACGGAAAGGACAUGUCCCGACUCAGGUGGAAGUUGGACGAAUGACGUUUCCAGUCAAAAAGUCAGACCAUUUCGUCAAGCACUUCCAAGCUCCCUUGUUGGUUCAAGGUGAGCUGUGA